AGUGAAAUAGUGUGUCUAGUGUGUCGUUUUGAAGCAGGAAUGAGGAAAAAUAAAAAUGCUGCUCCUGCAGUGCAGCAGCUCGUAGGUCGGUAGUUGAUGUGGCAUAUCACUCGAUGGCGCUGUGCAGCAGACGUCGAGACGCCGGUUGCCGGACGUAGAGUUUGUUAGCCGCCGAUGCUAUGCGGGGUGAGGCUUCAAAUCAAAUACAUACACGACUUCCUAACAGACAUGUUCGCGUGAUAAACUAAUAUAUUGUGUUCAAAAAAAUUCUAUAUUGUAUAAUUUCGACUUACGCGCCCGCUGUAAUGUCAGUGAUAUGGAGAUGGAGAGCGAAUGUGCUUUAGAAACAUCAUCAAUUAACCAAAUCCUACUUUGUUAUGGAUCCGACACUGUAUUGUCCCGGACUGCAAUAUGAACUUCGAGAGUCCGCCAACAACCGUCUGUGGUCCGUGCAGCCGCCAUACACAGGUUGCGCAUGGCAAGGGCCGAUUAGUGCGACAGCGACCGCGAUGAGCACUGUGGGGGCGGGCGUGACGAGCCCGGGACAAACGGGGGCCCGCACGACGACUGCCCCCAAGCGGCCUGUGCGCCGCGGCGGCAAGCCGCCCCCGGAUAGACCGCAACGCGCCCUCUUCUGUCUUUACCUCAAGAACCCCAUCAGGAAACUCUGCAUUGACGUCGUCGAGUGGAAACCUUUUGAAUAUUUAAUUUUACUUACAAUUUUCGCGAACUGUGUUGCCUUAGCUGUUUACACACCUUUCCCCAAUGGCGACUCAAACGUAACAAAUGGGAUAUUGGAAAAGAUUGAAUAUAUAUUUUUAGUAAUUUUCACGGUUGAAUGUAUAAUGAAGAUAAUAGCUUAUGGUUUUUUGAUGCAUCAAGGUGCUUACCUUCGGAAUGGAUGGAACUUACUAGAUUUUACAAUUGUAGUGAUAGGUAUGAUAAGUACAGCAUUAUCAACACUUAUAGGAGAUAGUUUUGACGUUAAAGCUCUGAGAGCCUUUAGAGUUCUACGACCUUUAAGGCUCGUCUCUGGUGUUCCCAGUCUACAAGUUGUAUUGAACUCGAUUCUUCGUGCCAUGGUGCCUUUAUUACAUAUUGCUCUGUUAGUAUUGUUUGUUAUAAUAAUUUACGCGAUUAUUGGUUUAGAAUUAUUCUCAGGAAAAAUGCAUAAUACUUGUUAUAAUGCAAAAACAGAAGAGAUAGUGGACGACCCUCAUCCUUGCGGUGCUAGUGGAUUUAAUUGUACGGAAGAAUUUAUAUGUAGUGAAUUUUUACCAGGUAUUAAUGGGACCUGGGAUGGACCCAAUGCUGGAAUCACCAACUUUGAUAAUUUCGGAUUAUCGAUGUUGACUGUAUUCCAAUGUAUAACACUGGAAGGCUGGACCGAUGUGCUUUAUAAUAUUCAAGAUGCGAUGGGCAGAACGUGGCAGUGGUCAUACUUUGUAUCUAUGGUUAUAUUAGGUGCAUUUUUUGUAAUGAAUUUAAUUCUCGGUGUCUUGAGCGGUGAGUUUUCCAAAGAAAGAGAGAAAGCUAAAGCGCGAGGUGAUUUUCAUAAACUGAGGGAGAAGCAGCAAAUUGAAGAAGACUUGAAGGGUUAUUUAGAUUGGAUAACUCAGGCUGAAGAUAUAGAACCAGAAGGCGAGGACCAAUCAAACCAAGAUGCUAGAAAUAAUCCAACAAACGAAAUGGAAUCCACGGACCAGUUAGGUGAAGAAGAAGUCCAACAAGAAUCGUGGUUUAAAAAGCGGAAAAAAGAUUUCGAGAGAAUCAACCGCAGGAUGCGAAGGUCCUGCAGGAAAGCUGUUAAAUCUCAAACAUUUUAUUGGCUCAUUAUCGUAUUAGUAUUUUUAAAUACUGGUGUUUUGGCAACGGAACACUAUCAACAGCCAAUAUGGUUAGAUCUUUUUCAAGAAUAUACAAAUAUGUUUUUCAUUGCUCUUUUCACAAUGGAAAUGUUGUUGAAAUUGUACAGUUUAGGUUUUCAAGGUUAUUUCGUAUCGUUAUUUAAUCGUUUUGAUUGUUUUGUUGUUAUUGGAAGUAUAGCAGAGAUGAUUUUAACAAAUACAAACGUUAUGCCUCCUUUAGGUAUAUCUGUAUUACGUUGUGUUAGACUACUUAGAGUGUUCAAAGUGACCAAAUAUUGGCGAUCAUUGUCAAAUUUAGUCGCCUCGUUGUUAAACUCAAUACAAUCAAUCGCGUCUCUUUUACUUUUACUGUUCUUGUUCAUUGUUAUUUUUGCUUUACUCGGCAUGCAAGUUUUUGGAGGAAGAUUUAAUUUUAAUGAUACUCAGGAUAAACCGAGGUCCAAUUUUGAUAGCUUUUGGCAAAGCCUACUCACUGUGUUUCAAAUAUUAACGGGUGAAGAUUGGAAUGCAGUUAUGUACAACGGCAUUGAAGCGUACGGAGGUGUAAACGGUUUUGGUGUCUUAGCUUGCAUCUACUUUAUAAUCCUAUUUAUAUGUGGUAACUAUAUACUGCUUAAUGUCUUCUUGGCUAUCGCCGUAGACAAUUUAGCAGAUGCGGAGUCACUAACUGCAAUCGAAAAAGAGGAAGAAGAAGAAGCGCAAAACAAAUCGAAGAGUCCCACUCCCCACGAAGAAGAGGAAAACGUGGAGGAAGAAGAGGAAGAGCAUAGCGUGGAAGAAGAAGAAACGGAAGAAGACGGUCAGUACGACGGAGAGAGAUCUGAGCACGACGAAGAGGUGGAAUCACAAAUCAAAAUGACGAUUGACAACGAGGAGGAAUACGAAGAGGAACAAAACAGUCAGGAUGGGGACGAGGCUGAAACUAGCAGCAGGGUCGGUGCACGUCCUCGUCGCAUGUCCGAGAUAAAAUCCAAUUCGCAGAAAUUGCCUAUUCCUCCAGCAUCAUCUUUCUUCAUUUUUUCUCCUACGAACAGGUUUCGGGUGUUUUGUCACUGGUUGUGCAACCACAGCGUCUUCGGCAACGUGAUUUUGGUGUGCAUCAUGGUCUCUUCGGCGCUCCUGGCCCUGGAGGAACCGAUACCGACCGCCGGCUCGGAGAUGGGCAAUAUUUUGAAGAUAUUCGAUUACAUUUUUACGGCAAUAUUUUCUGCGGAGUUGCUGUUGAAAACAAUUUCCUACGGAUGCAUCUUGCACGACGGUGCCUUCUUGCGGUCGGCCUUCAACGUGCUAGACUUAGUAGUCGUGUGCGUGUCAAUAGUGUCAAUAUACAGUCAAGGAGCGAUGUCAGUUGUGAAGAUUUUGCGAGUUUUGCGCGUACUUCGCCCUUUGAGAGCGAUCAAUAGGGCAAAAGGAUUGAAGUAUGUAGUCAAAUGCGUGAUAGUAGCCAUUAAGACGAUCGGCAAUAUCAUGCUGGUUACCUACCUCCUGCAGUUCAUGUUCGCUGUGAUAGGAGUGCAGCUAUUUAAGGGUAAAUUUUCUUCGUGUUCUGAUCGCUCCAAAUUGACGCCAGCUGAAUGCAACGGGACCUACUUAAUUUAUUUAGAAGGUGAUAUCAACAAACCAAUCGUGAAGGACAGGAAUUGGGAAACCAACGAUUUUCAUUUUGACAACGUAGCCAAAGCCAUGCUGAGCUUAUUUACCGUGUCCACUUUCGAAGGAUGGCCAAAUUUACUUUACGUCUCCAUUGACUCGAACCAAGAGAAUGGCGGACGAAUUCAUAAUUAUCGCCCCAUCGUAGCUGCAUAUUAUAUAAUAUACAUUAUUAUUAUCGCCUUUUUCAUGGUUAAUAUUUUUGUUGGUUUCGUUAUCGUCACAUUCCAAAAUGAAGGAGAACAAGAAUACAAAAACUGCGAAUUAGAUAAAAACCAACGCAACUGCAUAGAAUUUGCUUUAAAAGCAAAACCUGUUCGAAGAUACAUUCCCAAACAUCGCAUCCAGUACAAAGUAUGGUGGUUCGUAACUUCUAGGCCUUUCGAGUAUGCUAUAUUUAUGUUAAUUUUAACGAACACUAUAACUUUGGCUAUGAGAUAUCAUGACCAAAAUAAAACCUACGAGUCAGUCUUGGACACCCUGAACAUGAUAUUCACAGCCAUAUUCGCAAUGGAGUUCGUAUUUAAAUUAGCAGCUUUUAGAAUUAAGAAUUAUUUCGGGGACGCUUGGAACGUUUUUGAUUUCAUUAUCGUGUUAGGGAGCUUUAUCGAUAUCGUCUACCAGGACGUAAACCCUGGUGGAUCUAAGCUGCAAAUUUCGAGUAACUUCUUCAGAUUGUUUCGUGUUAUGAGACUUAUAAAACUUCUCAAUAAAGGUGAAGGUAUUAGAACCUUACUUUGGACGUUCCUCAAGUCUUUCCAAGCCCUACCUUACGUAGCUCUUCUUAUUGUCAUGUUGUUUUUUAUAUACGCCGUAAUAGGGAUGCAGAUGUUUGGUAAAAUCGAGAAUCUUCAUUCUGAAGAUGGUGCAUCCAUCAAUCGAAACAAUAAUUUUGGUUCGUUUUCUCAAGCAGUGCUAGUUUUAUUCAGAUCUGCAACAGGUGAAGCGUGGCAGGAUAUUAUGCUUGCUUGUGCAGACACCCCAAACGCAAAAUGUGAUUCAAGAGUGGCACAGAACCCAGACGACAAUUGCGGUUCAGAUAUAGCCUAUCCAUAUUUUAUAUCAUUUUAUGUUCUAUGUUCAUUUUUGAUUAUUAAUUUAUUCGUAGCCGUUAUUAUGGAUAACUUCGACUAUUUGACGAGGGACUGGUCAAUUUUAGGACCGCAUCAUCUAGACGAAUUUAUAAGGUUAUGGAGCGAAUACGAUCCCGACGCUAAAGGGAGAAUAAAACACUUGGACGUGGUAACUUUACUCCGAAAAAUUUCUCCUCCUUUAGGCUUCGGAAAAUUGUGUCCCCACCGCGUUGCGUGUAAACGUUUAGUUUCCAUGAACAUGCCACUAAAUAGCGACGGUACGGUUCUUUUCAACGCGACUCUAUUUGCUGUCGUUCGUACUUCUCUUCGAAUAAAAACUGAAGGAAACAUCGACGACGCCAACACAGAAUUGAGAGCAGUGAUCAAAAAAAUCUGGAAAAGAACUAAUCCAAAGUUGCUUGAUCAAGUUGUGCCCCCGCCAGGAGUCGAUGACGAAGUUACAGUAGGAAAGUUUUACGCCACGUUCCUCAUUCAAGACUACUUCAGAAGAUUCAAAAAGCGAAAAGAACAAGAAAUGAAAGAAGGCGACACGGAAACCCACAACACAGUCACGUUACAAGCUGGUUUACGUACACUUCACGAAGCUGGACCUGAACUGAAGCGCGCAAUUUCCGGCAAUUUAGAUGAACUUGUUGACGACAAUCCAGAACCAAUGCAUCGGAGAAAUCAUUCCCUCUUCGGUAGUGUUUGGUCUUCAAUGCGGAGAGGACACAGUUUCAAUAGGGCCAAGUCUCUAAAAGCUAAUUCUACUCAAAUUAAAAUUACUCCGGCUUCCAGCGUAGAUUAUCUUCCAUACAACUCCAUUCAUAGGACGGUUACUGAAGGCAUGAACCACAUAACGUCAAUGACAAAGAACGUUGUGCAAAAUAGGGCUAGUGCUACGUCUUUACACAAUCAAGAAGGCCUCAAAGACGAGGAGGAAAUUCCUCUGCGGUCACUCAGCAACCUGCACAACGGAGACACCGAUAAAAAUAACUUCCAAGUAAUAGAUCUGCAGGGUGACCACACUGAGCUGAUGCCUCCGACUCCUCCGCCGCGACGCGUUCGUCUGGGCCUGGGCGGCCUGGGAAACCUUGGGGGCGGUUGCAUGACUGCCACGCCAUCGCCUGUGCAACACGCACCGAGCUUUAGUCGCAUAGCAAGCGGCCUGAAACUCGCACAAGCACAAGCUAUGGCAGUUGCAGGCUUCUUGCCGGAGCCGUUGCCCUACGAGUGUAGCGUCAUCGGCGCUCCCGGCACGCUCCAACCUUUGACCUCGGAUUCGGAAGGGGACGGCCGGCAUGCGCGUUGUUCCCUCCUAAAUCACAGGGCUUCCUUCCAUGGCAGAGUUUCAGUCCCGGCGGGCGAGCCAAACGGCCAUGCGGGGUCUGAAAGACUGUCGCAUUCUUUGCCCGGAAGUCCUGCAGAUCGUCGUCCGACGUCGUUCGAGGUGGUGGGUUCGGCGGAAAGCCUCGUCGGUAGAAUUUUGGUCGAACAAGGUCUAGGAAAGUAUUGCGAUCCGGAAUUCGUUCGAUAUACGUCGAAAGAGAUGCAGGAGGCGCUAGACAUGACUCAGGAGGAGAUGGACCUAGCAGCCCACCAACUCUUGCAGCAGGAGCGUCGGAUUCACGCGCAGGCGCCUACGAUCGACGCCCUGCAUCCACAGUUAUAGCAGCUCCCACCUCAAUGCAGCCUCAAGGUCUCCUAACCCUCCCGCCACACUACCAAGUGCCUAAUUCAUUUCUUCUGGUCCAAAGAAGACUAAAUAUAAUAAUAACGUGUAGUUUUUUAACCUGGAUUUUACUUAAAAGGAUUGUUUCUCCAGUUACCAAAUCCCAUGUACGGGGUGUGAGAACAAAUUAAGAACUGUCAUUACAAUUUUGUAAUAUCAAAUGUGUCAAACUAUUAUAAAUAAAAUAAAUCCUACUUCUCAUUUA